AUGAGGAUUGAAGUGUAUGGAUGUGCAUACAGCAGUUCAUAAAAUGAACAAAGUUCAAAUCAAGAACAGUUACAUAUUGUGAUUGAUGGUGCCGUCUUCUGACACUGGGAUGAUCCUCCUGUGGGAACACAAGAUCUGAGAUGGUUCAUUUUGAUGGGAAAAGUUCCUUGCUGUACACAUUUAAUCAGAAAUCCAUGAAUCCAACAAAAGAAGUUAUUUCUUUGAAAUUUAAAACCAGAGAGAACAAUGGGAUUCUACUCCACAGAGAAGGACCAAAUGGUAAACAUAUCACCCUGGAGUUAGUUAAAGGAAAACUCAUCUUAUUCCUUAAUUCAGGCGAUGCUAACCUGCCCUCCCCUGAUGCCCUCAUGCUGGGCAGCCUGCUGGAUGACCAGCACUGGCAUUAUGUCCUCAUUGAGCUCCUCGAUACAGAUGUCAACUUCACCGUGGACACGCACACUCAUCAUUUUCGGGCAAAGGGAGAGUCCAGCUAUGCGGAUCUUGAUUAUAAGAUCAGCUUCGGAGGUAUUCCUCGACAUAGAAAAUCAGUGGCGUUCCCACAUAAAAACUUUCAUGGCUGCUUUGAAAAUCUCCGUUAUAAUGGGGUGGAUAUCAUUGAUUUGUCCAAGAAACACAAACCACAGGUCCUCAUCAUGGGAAAUGUGUCCUUCUCCUGCUCGCACCCUCAAACUGUCCCCAUGACUUUUCUGAGCUCCAGGAGUUACUUGGCUUUGCCAGGCACCCCCGGAGAGGACAAAGUGUCUGCCAUCUUCCAAUUUCGAACGUGGAACAGAGCAGGGCUGUUGCUGACCAGUCAGUUUCAACACAGGUCAGGAGCUUUCAUCCUUGUUCUUAAUGAUGGAAAACUCAAGCUGAGUCUCUCCCAGCCUGGACAUCCAGUAAGGGACGUCACAGCAGGUGCUGGAUUGAAUGAUGGGCAGUGGCAUUCCGUGUCCUUAUCUGCAAAAGGGAAUCACCUGAGUGUGAUGGUGGAUGGUGAGGCCGCCUCCAUGGCUCAUUCCCUGCGUGGGCAGAUUGAUUCAGGCGACACCUAUUAUUUGGGGGGCUGUCCCGACAACAGCUCUGACCCUGGAUGUGCAAGUCCCCUGGAUGGAUUUCAGGGCUGCCUGAGGCUCAUCUCCAUUGGUGACAAAGCGGUGGAUCCCAUCUCCAUACAGCAGGGGGCGCUGGGGAGUUACCGUGACCUCCAGAUAGACACCUGUGGCCUCACAGACAGGUGUUUGCCCAGCUAUUGUGAACAUGGGGGUGAAUGUUCCCAGUCCUGGGACACCUUCUCCUGCAACUGCGCACACACUGGUUACACCGGUGCAACCUGCCAUUCCUCUCUCUACGAGCAGUCAUGUGAAGCCCACAGGCACAGAGGAAGCUCUUCAGGGCUCUACUAUAUCGACUCAGAUGGAAGUGGCCCGCUGGGACCAUCCCUUGUAUAUUGCAACAUGACAGACACUGCAUGGACCUCAGUGCAGCACAAUGGCUCCCACUUGGUUAGUGUCAAAAGCUCAAAUGGAGAAAGCCCCCAUCCUGUGUUUUUCAAGUACACAGCCAGCAUGGACCAGCUCCAGGCCAUAAUUGGCGAUGCGGACCGCUGCCAACAGAAGCUGACUUUCCACUGCAAGAAGUCAAGGCUUUCAACUCCCCAUGAUGGAACCCCAGUGAGCUGGUGGGUUGGAAGAACCAAUGAAACACACAUUUACUGGGGAGGUUCUCUGCCUGAUGCUCAAAAAUGUACUUGUGGAUUAGAGGGGAACUGCAUUGAUUCUCAAUAUUACUGCAACUGUGAUGCUGACCGGAAUGAAUGGACCAGCAACACAGUAGUCCUUUCCCAUAAGAAGCACUUGCCGGUCACUCAGGUUGUGAUGAGAGACACAGGGCGACCACAUUCUGAAGUGGCUUAUACAUUGGGGCCUCUGCUCUGCUCGGGAGACAAUUCAUUUUGGAAUUCAGCUUCCUUCAAUACUGAGACUUCAUACCUUCAUUUCCCUACGUUCCGAGGAGAGCUUAGCGCUGAUGUGUCUUUCUUUUUUAAGACCACAGCUUUUUCGGGGGUGUUUGUAGAGAACCUGGGGAUCACAGACUUCAUCAGGCUAGAGCUGCGAGCCCCUGCAGAAGUGACCUUUUCCUUUGAUGUGGGGAAUGGGCCUUGUGAGGUCACGGUGCAGUCCCCCACUCCCUUUAACGACAAUAGAUGGCACCAUGUGAGGGCAGAACGGAACGUUAAAGAAGCAUCCCUUCAAGUGGAUCAGCUCCCUAGGGAGACCCAAACUGCCCCAGCUGAUGGGCACGCCCGCUUGCAGCUCAACAGCCAGCUCUUCGUGGGUGGAACAGCAAGCAGACAGAGAGGCUUCCUGGGGUGCAUUCGGUCUCUGAGGUUGAACGGGCUGGCCCUGGAUCUGGAAGAAAGAGCCACAAUGACGCCAGGAGUGGGGCCAGGGUGUCCAGGACACUGUAGCAGCUACGGCCACCUGUGUCGCAAUGGAGGGAGGUGUAGAGAAAAACGCAGAGGGAUCGAGUGUGACUGCACCUUCUCUGCGUAUGAUGGGCCAUUCUGCGAGAAUGAAAUUUCUGCCUAUUUUGGAGGUGGCUCCUCAGUGAUUUACGAUUUUCAACAUUACAAUGACACCUUCAGUAAGAACUCUAGCUCCUUUGUGGCUUUAUUUCAUGAGGAGCUGACAUUGACGGGAGAAACGGCCACACUGAGCUUCCGGACCACAGAGAUGCCCAGCUUACUGCUCUAUGUGAGCUCCUUCUAUGAGGAAUACCUUUCAGUUAUCCUUGCCCCGAAUGGAAGUUUGCAAAUUAGCUAUAAGCUAAACAGACACCGAGAACCUGAUGUUUUUAACUUUGGUUUUAAAAACCUGGCUGAUGGACAGCUUCACCAGGUGAAGAUUAACAGAGAAGCAGCAGUGGUCUUUGUUGAGGUUAACCAGAAUGCAAGGAGACAAGUCAUCCUGUCUUCAGGGACAGAAUUCAAUGCUGUCAAAUCCCUCACGUUGGGGACAAUUUUAGGGCCUCCCGGCGCGGACCGCGACACGCUGCGGGCUGGCGCGCACGGCUUCACCGGCUGCCUCUCGGCCGUGCGCUUCGGUCCCGCCGCCCCGCUGAAGGCGGCGCUGCGCCCGGGCGGGCCCGCCCGGGUCACUGUCCGCGGACACGUGGCCGCCGCGUCCCGCUGCGCGGAGGGGGCGGGGCCCGGAGCUCCAGCGCGGGAGGCGACCCGACCGCUCGCAGGCGGCGCAGGUCGUUCUGGAGCAACAGAUGAGGGAGAGCCCUUAGUUAAUGCGGACAGAAGUGACUCCGCGGUCAUCGGAGGUGUGAUAGCAGUUGUGAUAUUUAUCUUGCUCUGCAUCACUGCCAUUGCUGUACGCAUUUAUCAACAGAGAUGGCUAUAUGAAAAAAAUGAGUCGAAUAUUCCAAAAACUGGAGACAAUGCUGAGACUGCUGUGAAAAGUGAGCUCAACAUGCAAAGUACAGUCAGUGAAAGCCAGAAAGAGUAUUUCUUCUGAUCAGCAGUGGUCGUUUACUUAUUACUAUGAUGAUGUGACCGUCUUGCUAAGCCACAGGCUCGCAGUGGAUGAAGCCCCCCUCUAGGCCUCCUGGGACAGACGGUAGGCGUGCAGAGCCAUCAACUUGCUCACGCAUGGUCCCUGGAGGCUCUGCUCAGUGCUCCUUCUUGAUCUACUUACGUAACAGUGACUUAGGUGUGCUCAUUAAUCACUGUAUGGCAGUUUCUGACUGUUCUGACUUUAUCUCUAAAAUUGAAAUGUAUUUUGCAUAAUUACUUUGGGUUUUAAGUGAGAGUAAGAAUUUGAGCUGUGGCCCUACUCUUAAAAAUUCAACACGGAAGUUUAUGAAAGUCAAAGUUGGACUCUGAUGUUUUGUGUUACAUGGAAACCUACAUUAUGCUUUCUUUAUCAAUCACCUGCUGACAUUUAUAAACCAGGAAGUGCUUCUCGGAUGGCCUUCAGCUGCAUUCCCAUAUUCCUGUGAACCAGAGCCCAGUGGCCAAAAAUGCAUUAGAAAUCUGAAAAACAUUUUUUUGGCUGAUUGUUUUUACUAUUUGUCUCUUUUAAAUCAGUUUUGAUGCAUUUUAGUGAUGAAAUGAGUGUUGAAUGUCAGCUAUGAAAUUCUGCUAGUAAGUUCAGAUACGGAACAGAGAAUUCAUAGGUAGAAAAAUGCGUAAAUGAUUUCAAUCUGUGAUAAUUUGCUUAUCUUUCUUUGUAAUUUGUCAUUAUACUCUUUGUAAAUUGUGAUAACGAUCACCUAAUGAGCUCACAAAAAAUGUAUAUUUUCUAACUAAACUUGUGCCCAUAUAUAAACUCCAUGUUUAACACUGGAAAUAUAUCCUCCAUCCACAUCUGAAUGAAAUAUAAUCCUAAAUUUAUUUCCUUUAUAUAUGAGGUGAUUAAGUCACUUCACUUUUCUUUGUAGUCCUGUGAUUUUUUUUUUCUGAAGGUUAUGUGAGCAACCCUUUGAUUUCCUGUGACUCUCUGGCCAUUUAUUAGGGAAGAAGUCACAUUUUGAACCAAAUAUCUUCAUUUUCCUUUCUAAAUUUUGAGCCGAUCUAGGCAAAACAUUCCCUGAGUUAUCCUCUCACCUUGUUACUACUUGGAAUAUCAGCAGAAGGAUGCUUAUGUUAAGGGAAGAUACAAGUUAUAUGAUUUGAACUAAAUUUGUCAUUCCAGUCAAGAUUCUAGGAUCUUGAGAUACGUUUCCAACAGAGCACCUAAAAUCAACUAGUUCAUUUUAAGUAGGGUAUAUUUGAAUACUAGGAGAGCAAAAAAUUCAUAUUAACUCUGGGGAUUGAUCCAAUAACUACUUUUGUGGCAGUGGUCAUUAGAUAAUUGCAUGGAGUCACCAUUUGUGCUGAAAAGCCAGUUAUAUUAAAAAUGCACUGCCUUCUCUAUAUCCCACCUGCCAUGUGGCUGCCAGGUACUUUGACCACAAUAAGACUAUCUGGAUUUAUAUGCAUUUUGCCUUGCUAUUACAUUUGAGUGUAUACCUACUUUUAUGUGUUCUUUUUAAAGAAUGGGAAAAGAGAUCCUUUAUAUUGUCUUUUCUCAAAAAAAAUUUUCUUAUGGUUUUGUAUUAAUUUUCUACACAGUGUAACAAACUACCACAAAUUUACUGACUUAACACUACACACAUUUAUUAUCUCACAGUUUCUGUGUGUCAAGAUCUGGGCAUGGGUUCACUGAGACUUCUGCAAGGUUGCAAUCAAGUGUCUGCCAGGGCUGUGUUUUCACUUGGAAACUCAGCUAGGGAGGGAUUUGCCUUCUUGCUCCCAUGAUUACUGAUAGCAUUCCAUUCCUUACUGCUGGAGGAUUGAUGGAAGCUUGCUUCUUCAAAGCUAACAGAGGAGAGAGAGGGACUCUAGAGCAAGUCUGCUAGCAAGAGGGAGUCUUGUAUAAUGUAAUGUGAUCAUGGGAAUGACAUCCCAUACCAUGUGCCAUAUUCUGUUGGUUAAAAGCAAGUCACAGGUCUCACCGGUACUCAAGGGGAGGGAUUAUAUAAGGACCUGAACCAGCAGGCUGAGAUCAUGGGGACCCCUUUAAAGUCCAUCUACCAUGGAUGGUAUAAUCCAUGGUAGAUAAUAUUGUAUCUAUAUUCAGGUUUCUUUAAAUAAAUGAUGAAAAAAGUUUAGGAUGUCACUAUAGCAAUAUAUAAAGGACCUACCUUGGUAAAUGAAAAACUACAUAUAUGUAGUUUUUUUCCCAAAGGAAUGUGCAGUUUGGGGAAGGAUUCAACACAAAAAUUAUAGGCUCCAUUAAAUGCAUAGCUGAGUGUAAACAUCAUUAAAUCACUGCAGCUUUAACAAGUGAUCACCUUAUGUUCCAAAAGAAUGCAUCACUUUGGUACCUGAAAUUUUACAGAUUUAUAGAUAGUGAAAUCCACUGCACCAUGCUCUCUUUUCUAAAGGGAAAACUUUAAAAUAUUUUUACCAAACUUCAGUGAUGCAUCAUCCACUUUCCCUGACUGAUUUGUAAAUUUUUCCUGCUUAUUUAUUAAUAAAAUAAC